AUGUAUUUUGAGGAUCUAAAUAAAUAGUUUAUAAGGAGAUUAGGAAAAUACAGGAAAGUAUUGCAAAAAGAACAAGAUAAUCAAGAGGAUAAUCCUAAGAAUGGAUAUACUGAUAAUGUGCAUGUUGCUAAGAACUAUUAGGUUUCAAGAGAAGUAGAAGUUAAUCUGUUGGUUUGCAAGAAGAAAAAACUAUUUCCCCAGCUACAAAAUGAAGAUCUUAAUAUUAAGAGCAAAUAAAGCAGAAUAUUUUAAGUAUUUGAGAAUAUUAUAAAAAUUUUGAAGAAUUUUGGAAGGCAAUUAGAUGAAAAUUUUCCUAAUAAUCGGUAUGAAGAUGAAUGUAAUAUUACGGGUGAUCUCCUCGAAAUUUAUGUAGAAAAAUUUAAUUGA